AUGACUGAUUUCCAGCAAUUGAAUCAACACUCUUUCUUUGGUAGUGUCAUGAGCAGCAAUGAAAUCAAUUGGAUUCAUCCCCAGAGCAACAGCGGUCUUUGGGAACAACCACAACAAUCUUCUCCACCACAACAACCCUCCAACAACAACAAUCCAAUCUCCAAGAGCGAGGACAUCCCCCCACCCUCCCACAACCUCACUCUGCAAUACAAUCAACAACAACUACAACUACAACAACAACAAGACCAACAACAAGAAGAGUUGGAAGACGAUGUCAAUGGUCAGAGUAGAUACAAGACCGAGUUGUGCAGAUCGUACCAAGAGACUGGUUCGUGCAGAUAUGGUUUCAAGUGUCAGUUUGCGCAUGGUGGUAAUGAGUUACGUCAUGUUAGCAGACACCCCAAAUACAAGACAGAGACAUGUAAGACAUUCCACACUGUAGGCAGUUGUCCAUACGGCUCACGUUCUGGCAGUAGUGGUGCUGGAUCGCCUGGUAGCAGCGUGUCCAAGUCUCCACAACUCAUCAAGUCACAAUCGGAAAAGAAUAUCAACUGGACAUCAUCAUGGAAUUCUUCAGACGAAUCAUCUGUCAUCACCCUUGGCAAACUACCAUCUCCACCACUUAAACAAAAGGAUAUGUCUCCACCUUCAAGUUCCCUACAAACUACUCAACAACAACAACAACAAGCUCAAGUUGAUGAUAGUAAGAGAAGAUUAGCAAUCUUUAGAACUAUUUGUUCAAAUUCAUGGACUGAUUAA